AUGUUGUGGCAAAGUCUGCUGCUUCUGCUCUGCUGCGUCCCUGACUCAAUUCAGGACCAGGAAUCGUUCUCUCUGAACUCUACCUUCAAUCUCGUCAAGCAUCUUGAAGCGAUAUCUGCUUCUAACUCAUGUGGAGAGGACGGUCCGGAACUGUACUGUUUACUUACUGGAACCCCUCUUGCACCUGGUCUGGACUACACGUACAGCCGGUAUCCGGGCUCGUAUAUAGACGGACAGUACUGUAACACCUGUGAGACGGGACAGCACAUGAUUGAGAACACUAUUGACGAGGAUGAAGACAACUGGUGGCAAAGCAGCAGUUUGGCUACCAUACCCGACUACAAUCAGAAGAUGAACAUUGAGCUUUUCUUAGGCCAGGAAUAUCAAGUUGUCUACUUCGUGCUCAAAGCCGCCAACUCUCCCCGGCCAGCAAGAUGGGUCCUGGAGAAGAGUACUGACUAUGGACAAACCUAUCAACCGUGGCAGAUCUACGUUCCAACAGAUAGUGAUUGUGAGUUGUACUACAACGUCCCCGCGUCCCAGUUCCCAGUAGAUUUUCUUGCAGAUGACCAGGUUAUCUGCACUUCUUACUACAGUAAACUAAAUCCGCUGGAGAAUGGUCAGAUUUACACCACACUGGUAGUAGGUCGCCCUGGUGCUGAACUGUUCUACCUGAACGAGUCGCCUCGUUUACAGCAGUGGAUGAAGGCUACAAACGUGCGUCUGCGCUUGGAGCAGAUGCAAAUCCUGCACAAUCUAAUCAACGAGGAGGAUGACACAGCGAACAGGAGGUUUUUCUACUCCAUCAGGGAGAUAAUAGUGGCGGGGCGGUGUAGUUGCAACGGGCACGCUGAGCUCUGCACAGAAAUAGAUGAUAAGAGUGUGACGUGCGAGUGUAACGGUAACACGUGCGGCGCUAACUGUGAGCAGUGUUGUCCUGGAUACAAUGUGUUCCCUUGGCAACCGUCCUCAGGUCAGUUCUUCCAAUGUGAGCAGUGCCAGUGUUACGGACACAGUGAAGAAUGCUACUAUGACACAGACGCAGAGGGGUUGAGUGUGGAUACCGAGGGGGAAGUGCGCGGCGGCGCGGUGUGUGCGGACUGUCAGGAUAACACUGAGGGGCUGAACUGUGAGCUCUGCAAAGAAGGCUUCUUCAGGGGCGAGAGAGAGUCCCUGUAUGACAAGACGUGUAGGAACUGCGACUGCAACCUGGCUAACAUUGUGCUAGUGGAAGGAAAGGAGUUUGGCAGCUGUAAUCAGGACGAGAACGGACAGUGUUACUGCAAGGAGCGCUUCGGAGGGAGGCAGUGUGAUGAGUGCAGGGCUGACCACUACAACUCUGUGUCUAACGGUUUGUCGUGCGACUCGUGUGAUUGCGAGAUACAAGGCACAGUUUCCCAACUGCAGAACUGCGAAGAUAUGUCAGGAAUGUGCUUCUGUAAAGAUAACGUUAUCGGAAACAAGUGUGCGGUUUGCAGGGACGAGACUUUUAACAUCACUGUGGAUAAUGACUAUGGCUGCUCCGAGUGCGCGUGUAAUCCAGGAGGAUCUGAGAAUAACAACUGCGACAAAGAAGAUGGACAAUGCGACUGUAAACCUGGACUUGAUGGGAGAUCAUGUGACCAGGUAGCACACAAGCACUACAUACCGGGACCAGACCAUCUAGCUUUGGAAGCGGAGGACGGUGAUAUGAGAGGAAGACAGGCUCUCUACGACUUCAACGAGGAGGUCUUUAAAGACGGGUUCUCCGGAAAGGGAUACGCUACACUCAACAGAAAUGUGCCUAGAGUAGACAUGGAGAUUGAGAUACCAGCUUACACGAGGUACAAGGUAAAGAUCGCCUACCAGCUGGAGGACAACUUCCAGAAAUACUCUGGCACCAUUAUUGCUACUAACAAAGAGACGGGAGAAGUGCAGCAGUACGAGGCUACACUAGACACGUGUGUGGACGGAUGUGACGUCACACUGCAGCGUUGUAUACAGGACGUGUGUGAGGACGUGUCUCUAACACUGACUCCCGGAGACUGGAUCAUCUCCUUCUCCUACAACGCUCCUGCUUUCAACCUGGACCGGUUGGUGUUGACUCCUCGUAACUUUGAAGAACCUUACAUUGCACACACGGACCUGAAGAGCUGCACGAGAGAUAACCAGGCACUGUGUAACCAGUUCCAUCAGCCCAACUUGGAACCGUACAUCCACAAAACUGAAGGGCCCAACCCCGUAGAUCUGUCCGGAGAGGAAACUACGUUCAAUGUGGAGGACGCGGGAGCUCACUCUAUUAUACUGGACUUCCUCUACAACAGCAGUACAAUUGAUGAUAUGACUCUUACUAUUACUGAUGGGGAUGUGGAGAAAACUGGAUACAUCACGCUACAUGACUGUAACGAGCUGCAGAUGUGCAGAGCUAUAGUACGAGAUGAGCACGGGCAGCCCCUUAUUUACAACAGUGUUCCUGGAGAACUUAGUGUCAAGUUUAAUGAGGAUAUUCCAAACCCUAUAGAGGGUAAGAUGUACCUGGUAGUUAACACAGAUGAUCUGAUCUACGCGCUAAAACCCCAAUACAUUUGCAUGACAGGAGUAGAUGGAGUUUGCACUGUGAACACUUUCCCUGUAGCGUAUCCUCGCACUCUCAGACCUGCUACCAAGGGGUAUCUAGUUGAUGAUGACAGGAACCAAGUAGGUCCGAUAACUGACGACCAUAUUGAGCCCAGAACCAACUACGACGAGCUUGUACAGAUAUGUGGAUCAAGUGACGUUAACUACGAAGUGAGAGUGAACUUGGUUAACAACCCUACUACUUACCGUAUGGUUCUGGAGUACUUCUACACGGGGCUGCAGGACUUCUCUGUUUCCGUGUCUUACAGCAGUGAGGAAGAGGAGGUCGGACAAGGAGUAAUAACGUUCUCCCCGUGUAACGGGUACAGUGUGUGUAGAACACUUGUUAUGAAUAUGGACGAGGAGUCUGAUCUUUAUACAACACCUUUCCUCAGAUUUGAACCGAGAUACGUUUACAUGACAUUGAAGGAUCUACCUAUCGGGAAGUGUAUUUUAUUGAACGAGAUAGUAGCGACUACAGUGACCACAAUAUCCUCCUCUGCGUUGGUGCAGCCCCUGCCCCUCGUACGUACUGACGAGUUUACUAACAACUGUACUGUGGAAAGUGAGGAGGAGUUCUGCAGGACAGGAUAUCUGACUAUAGCUGCUGAGUUCUAUGAUGGGCUACCUGAGUGUGGUUGUAAUCCCGAGGGAUCCCUGAGUGAAGUGUGUGACGUAUACGGAGGACAAUGUACUUGCAAACCUAAUAUUAUUGGACAGGACUGUGAUAGAUGUGCUUCAGGAUUCUUCAACUUCCCAGACUGUCAGGAAUGCCCGAUAGCGCGCUGUACUAUGAUAGGGAGCGGUUUCUCCAGUGUGUGUAAUGAAGUGACUGGAGAGUGUGACUGUGCCCCCAAUGUUAUUGGUGAGCGAUGCGACCAGUGCGACGCUGACUCUUUCGACUACGACGAUGUGCUGGGAUGCAGGGAUUGUGAAUGUAACUUGGAGGGGUCUACCGACGCCAGUUGUGACGAGAUAGGACAGUGCUUCUGUAGGAACGAUACAAUUACAGGUAUCAAGUGUGAGAGGUGUGUUGAAGGCAGAACCAAUUUCCCAACCUGUCAGCCCUGUGGAUGCAACGAGGCAGGAAGUAUUGGAACUAUCUGUGAUCAUGAAACUGGACAGUGCCCUUGUAAGGAAUCUGUGACCGGGUUGCUGUGCGACGAAUGCGAGUACGGACACUACAACUUACAAGAGGACCGAACUGAGGGAUGUCAGGAAUGCUUCUGUUUUGGAGUCACUGAUAACUGUACUAUUGCUGACAUGGCAUUCUACAAGAUCGGUAGAGAGUUCGAGGAAGCAGACACACAGGGGUGGCUGAUAAUAGACAGUAGUGAUGAGAAACCUACCAGUGGAAAUUCUCUCCGACCGCUCGUUCAGGAGAGUACCACCUAUCCCGGACUAUACGAGCUAGUUGUACUGAGCAGCUCCAUCUCUAUCCAGUUGAGGACCUCUAACUUUGUCUGGCUCGCUCCUGCUCCUUACAAAGGUGAUCUGAUGUACUCGUAUGGAGGACAGUUCAAGUUUAACCUGGGAUAUUUCCCUAACCGGAGAGGGGCAGCUACCAGAGCUCCUAGAGUGGACGUACUGGGGGCAGAGACCGGAAUUUAUACGGAGCUGGCACUACCAGAGCCUGACAGCUACACUCCGUACACACUGAUAUUGGACACAGGACACUGGUUCUCAGUUGACGAGGAGGGCAGGGAGGCCACUAUUGAGGAGAUCAUGAGAACGCUAGUAGAUGUCAAGAGUAUUCGUCUAAAAGGGGACCUGACAGAUGAUCUAGCCACUUACCGUCUGAUGUCCAUUUCUCUGGACUCAGGCUUUCCUUCUAACAACGGAUUAGCUCGUGUCUCUCAUAUCGAACAGUGCUUCUGUCCUGAGGGUUACACAGGUACCUCGUGCGAGGCUUGUACAGAAGGUUACUACAGAGUAGAGUCAGAAGGCUACCCACUAGGGGAAUGUGUAGCGUGUGAUUGUAACGGUCACAGUAACACCUGCAGUCUGGAAACUGGUGUCUGCUCCGACUGUAGAGAUAACACUGAGGGUGAUCAGUGUGAGGUCUGUAGGGAUGGUUACUAUGGUGACCCAACUGAUGGGCAGAGUUGUCAGAUCUGUCCCUGUCCUCUUCCUGUUUCUGGAAACUCCUUCGGAACGUGCGACUACGACCCUCUUACUGGAGGAAGUUUGACGUGUGACUGCCAGGAAGGGUACGAAGGAUCUAACUGCGGGGAAUGUAGUUCUGGUUACUAUGGAGCUCCCACUGUAGUGGGGGGAAGUUGUGAGCAGUGCUCCAGCUGCAGUAAUAACACUGAUAUCACAGCUGACUACUGCGACACUACAAACGGAGAUUGUCUCCUUUGCUUAUUCGACACAGCGGGGGACCAGUGCGAGCACUGUGCGGACGGUUUCUAUGGAGACGCGAUACAAGACAAGGAUUGUGGGCGCUGUGAUUGCGACAGUUGGGGCACAGUAACAGGGAGCCAGUGUGACAGCUCUACUGGGGAGUGCAACUGUCUUCCUAACGUUAUAGGCGACCAGUGUGACCAAUGUCAGCCCGGGCACUGGAACGCUAGCUACGCUGGUGUGUUUGAGGACACCGAGUGUGAGUCACGCGAGUGUGCGGUGCAGCUCAGUUCGGGUCCUGAGAGUUCUACCCGCUAUCUUGAGGUGAAGUUCACGCGUACACAGGGCAGUGUUCAGCGCAUCACUUUCUUCGAUGAGACAGGUGACGCAGCAGAGUUUAUAGAGAUAUCAGAAGAUGCACUACCACCGUCCUACACGAUAGGAGUAGAUAGCAACUGUCAGUUUACUAAACUGUUUGACCCGUCUGUGCUGGAGGGAAGUGAAACGGUUACCCUGGAGAUCACUGUAUCUGACUCUGAGAUUAUGCUCUACAUUAAUGGAGAAGAAGCAGAAUAUGAUGACUCGUUACCAGAUCCAAUGAAUAGAUUGUGUAAUGGCACAAUAAGUGUGUACAGUGCAUUCGAGACCGGAGAGAGUUACGACCGCAAAACUUCCAACACGGGACUUUGCAAUAACAAGCCAAAGAACUUGAAAUCCAUGUCAUUCCACUCUGAUGCAGUUCUUAUUGGAGAUGUGGAGUACAAAUCCUCGACUAGUGGAACUGGGUGUACGAGCUGUGAGUGUGAUGAAAAUGGAACGAUUGGAGGAGCUUGUGAAACGACCACUGGCCAAUGUGUUUGUCACGAGGAGGUGGAAGGUUUCAAAUGUGAUAUGUGCAAGGAAGAUUUCUAUGGCUUGAAUACAUUGGGGCAUUGCACAGAGUGUGACUGUAAUAUACAUGGCUCCAACUCUACGGACUGUGACAAGGAGACAGGGCAGUGUGAAUGUUUGGAGGGAAACACGGGACAGCAAUGUGACAUCUGCGGAGAAUGGGCAGUGAUCACGUCGGAGGGGUGCGAGAACUGCACGGGUUGCACUGUGAUAAUGGGGGAUUAUAUUGACGAACUAGCCGAACAGAUCGGGGAGACCAUCCGGGCCAAGGAAGCUGGAGGCAGAAUUAGCCAGGAUAUCGAGCAGCUCAUCGAGAUGAAGAACACUGCUAUUCUUCUCAAGAGGGAUGCUUUAGACACGUCUGAUCAAGUAGAGAGAUACGUGGGAUUGUGGGGCUCGGAGGUGCCCGUCAAGAGCGGGUCUCUCAAGUACAAGUACAACAAGCUCGCUGACUCCUACGACUCUAGUCUUCUUGUUAAGUUGGAAGAAACGGAAGAUAUGAUCAGAUCUAAAGAGGAAAAGGUGGAGUCAGUGAGCUCGCUAACCUCUGCAAGCAACUCCACCUAUCACGAGAUCCUCGCCUCAGCUCAGUCCUCUAAAGAUUUGAUUGAUAACGUGAAGAUAACAGCAGCUGCCCCGGCAGUUAUUAAGAAAGCUAUAAAGAAGAGCAAGAACAAGAUCAACAACAUGAAAAAGAGGAAGAUUUACUUGGUCAAACAAAAGUUAAUCGACGAAAUGUCUUCCCUCAACUCCUCUGUAUACGCUGACUAUGGCUCGUUUGUAGGAUCAGACCUGGAGAAUAUUGGAACCAGGAUCUCCACUCUGUCUGGCAACAUGAAGGAAGUGUUAGCUAACGCUGUGGACAGUGUCGCCUCCCCUAUUGACGAGUUCACCAGUGACAGCGACAGUGUUACUGGAGACCUCUCCAACCUCAAGAAGUCAUUCGAAAGAAGGAGGAAAGCACUGGAGACCCGAGUAACAACUCUCCUGGAGACUGUGGACGAAAACUCACUGUUCGACCUGCACAACGAACUGGUCACAGUAGAGACGACACUAGACCAGCACUUUAACCCGGACGAGCAGGACUUGUCAGAGGAACUGAGAGAGGAUGUGGAGGAGAGAGCUGAGUUCCUGGACAGUUCCGGGGACCUGGACAUGACCAGUAAUAAAGAGAAAAUACAUCACCUCUGUAGACCUGUCAAACUCUUCAUGGAGACCCCUGAUAAUGCUCCUGUGCAGUUAGUAACAGAUCUACAGUCGUUCAUAAACGAAAGUACAGUUCUGUCAGACACCAUCACCAGACUGCAGACCACAGCGAACCAGGCCUCACGUCUCCUCAACGAGUGGACGGGCACUAACAUGAACAGCAAACAGGACGAGUUGAACGCCAUGACUCAGAUGUCAGUCAACCUGGAGAGCACGAUACCAACUCUGGAGGGGAAGGUGCAGGCAGAUGAUAUGGAGAGACUGAUAUCGGAGAGUCAGGCUAAGAACCUGGAGCUGAGGGGACGGCUGGAUGGUGUGGUGGAGCAGACAGAGCACCAGCCCAGAGCUAAGAGAUACGUGUCUGUGCACAGCGCGGAGGGGUUCACUGAUGUUUCCGAGGAGCUGAACAAGGAGCUCAAAAAGCACGAAAAGAUACACAAAAAGAAACAGAAGGCUGAAGAGUUCAUCUCCGCGUCUGAGGACAAGGUUUCAGAGCUGCAGGAAUCAGCCGAGCAGAAUUCUCAGAACAUUGAGAAGGCUAUGCGACUUGUGGACGGACAGAACGAAGAUUCAAUCGACUCUAAGAUUGAGCAACUGAAAGUCAAGCCAUCUGUAAGUUUAGCGGAGAAAAUGAGAGAGCUAGAGACUAAGAUGGAGGAGAUAAAGAAGAAAAUGGUAGCAGUACGAGAGGUAACCUCUACAGUUCAAGUAGGAAUGAAGAUGACUGAUUACUCUUAUCUCAAGUUACCCAUGCCUCUCGUCGCUGAACAGAGCUCCAGAUACACCGCGCUUUCCAUGAUGAUCAAAACAGAAGAAAGUUCUGGAACUCUGCUGUACCUGGGCGCCAGGAGCUCAACUGACAUGUUCCAUCUGAGGCUUGUGGGGGGUAGGGUACAACUAAAGUUUGAUAUCGGUGAAGGGAGCACCACAGUUGACACUGAUGUCCAGGUAGAUGAUGACAGCUGGCACACAGUCAGAGUGUCCAGGAACGGGAAGUUCGGCUACAUUUCCAUCGACAGCGGAAACGAUCAGAUAAAAUCCUUCUCCGGUGCUAACGGAGGUAGUCUGGACCUGUUGGAGCUGGACACUUCCGGGUACUUCUUCGUAGGGUGUUCACGAGACACCGCUAACAACACAGCUAAGUCAGACAUGUACAAGGGCUCCAUAUCUCAGCUGUACAUCAGUAACAAGCUGAUAGGAUUAUGGGACUAUACGGAGAGUGGAGGUAGCCUAGCUCCCACACAAGCUCUUGUUAAACUCUCCCAGUUCUCCGAAGCCCCCAGGAACGGGCUCUGUAUGAAGGGGUGGGGUUACGCCCUGUAUCCUUGCAACGGAGUCAGUGUGUCUGAGGACAAGACUCUCAAGAUAGACGUCAGACUUCAAACAUACGAUAGAGAUGGUUUGCUCUUCAGUCUAUACAACGUUAACACAACGCAGUCUUUAGACGUGUCGUUAGUGAACGGUAUUCCUAAAAUCACGGGACCGCAUGCUGAGUAUGAGCCAGCUGGAGUGGAUGCAGCAGAGUACGUGUCCACCUUUACCCAGUCUAAGAUCUCAGUGGAGCUGACGGGGAGGAAUGCUACUCUGAGUGUUGAUGACGUCAUCACUUCACAGUACACUCUGUCGGACACCAUGAGUUGGCACGAGGAGGACUGUAAGCAGAUCUUGGUGGGGGGAGACAACACCACCUCCCUCAGUGGGGUCGUCAGGAGUGUCUCUGUGGACGAGAUCCUCUUCUCCCUGGACCACCAGGACGCUGAGGUGUUCCAGGGCAUGGCCCCGACUUGUCUCCUCUCCAAAGCAGCAGACGGUCUUACUGCGUUUGGGGCAGGAUAUGCGAGGUACGAAGGAGUAGACUUCGAGGAGAACUUCAGAGUUGACAUCAGGAUCAGGACUACUCAACCUUACGGGGUCAUAUUCUUCGCUAGUGACGCUCUCGGUUUUAACAGUAUAUCCUUGUCUGUGGAUGAUGGACAGGUAGAGUUCGUUGCUAUGCGUAACUACGCUAAAACCGCUGUUAGGACAGGUCAGGACGCUAGCGACGGUGCAUUCCACGAGGUCUCCGUAGUGAGAGAGGGAGACAAGAUCACGCUCAAUAUGGACGGGUUCACGUCUAGUACGAUGUUGAGAGAGAACGUAGUGUACCCCACAUCACAUGGCUUCUGGUUAGCCGGUGUUCCUCAUACCGUCCCCUUACUUCUCGACGUAGUCCCUCAACUUCUCCCCUUCGAGGGGGCAAUUCGCUCUCUAGCCAUCAACGGAGAGACGGUAGAUCUGCACGAGUUCUUAGAAGCAGAGCAAGUAACCAUGUCCGGUACAUCUAUCCGGCCCUCUGUAAAGGAAUACUACACGGUGGAGUAGUGUUACUAUGACAACACGGUGGAGUAGUGUUACUCUGUGGACUUUGUAACAGUGUAUUAGCGACGAGACAUGCACUGUUUAGUGUUACUCUGUGGACUAUGUGACGUUUUAACUUUCUCAUAUUUUCACACCUCUAUAUUAUAUUAAGUAUAGUCUCUAUUUUAAAUACUAGGGAGCUCCAUCAAAUGCACUUAACACUGCAUUUGUACACUCUUUAACAAUGGACAUUGUGUUACGAACCUACUUUUAUAGAACUUUGUAUUUUAACGUGAAUUAUUACGACCUCGUGAUUGUAAUCACAAAGUCCCGUCUGGUGCAGGCUAAUGUUUAGUUAGGGGACAAUACUGCCCUUGUCUUGUUUUUCGGUAUAAUCUAUACAGAUGGUGGGGCGUGCCUGGUAAUGUGGUUGUCAUGACUACCCCCCAAUGUGGCACAGGCUCUGGCCAGAUCGCCCGCUCAUUGGCCCAGGAGGGGGGUUGUCAUGGCUACCUGCUCAUUUAUCUGUCUCCGAAGAAGAGAAAUGUGGGUAUUUGUCUGGUAGCCAUGACAACUACAGUAUUUGUAAGGACUGCGAGGGUACUUAUUGGACCACCUUCUGAAUAUAAAGUCUGUGACUGGUAGUUCUCUAGUUUUUACUGUAUUUUUAUGUUUUAUCAUUGACCACUGAACUGUUUAUAUUUUUGUAGGUAUGUUUUACAUUUUUAUCUGUUUUAAUAAGUUUGCACUCACGACUUGUUGUCGUGUUAUUUACCGAAUUUAGACGGUUUCCUACAACUCUAUUAGUACUACUACUACUACUAUUAGACUACUAGAGAAACUAGUGACACUCUGUUACACUUCUAACUCAAAAAACGAUUUUCCGCAAUAAUUUCUAAUUUUCUCAACUA